AUGGCGGAGGCCAACAUGGUUUUCAUGACGGCGGAGGCGCCACCGUCCUUGUCAGGACCUCGCAUUUCCUUCUCGGCGGAUUUAUCAUCAUCAGACAGCGACGGAGAUUUCAUCUGCAUCAACCCGGACAAGCUCAUGGCGGGAAAAGAAGAGAAAGACAAGAGCUCGCCGGUGAAAGCCGGAGACUUUGAGUUUCUGUCGAACACCCAAACGAUGCUCACCGCCGACGAGUUGUUCUCCGAAGGAAAGUUGCUUCCUUUCUGGCAGGUAAAGCAUUCUGAGAAGCUUCAAAACGUUACCUUGAAAUUAAAAGUCGACAAAGAAGAAGAAGAAGAUCAUAAAGUAGUGAAAGAGGAGAUUGUUCACAACAACAGCAAGGAGCAAGAGAAUAGCAACAACAACAACAGAGGAAGCUGGUUUCUUGACGACGACCCUUCUCCGCGUCCACCGAAGUGCACGGUGCUGUGGAAAGAGCUUUUGCGUCUGAAGAAACAGAGGACAACGACGACGACGAAUUCGUCAACGAGGGCAUCUUCACUCUCACCGUCGUCUUCUUCAAGCUCGACUUCUUCUUCCUCGAGCUCGAUUGGGGAUGCGGUGAAGAAGGAGGAGAGAGAGAAAGAAGGGAAGAGAGGUAAGAAAGGUUUAGAGAGGACGAGAUCUGUGACUAUGAGGAUAAGACCGAUGAUUCAUGUUCCUGUUUGCACUCCGACUAAGUCCUCUGCUCCAUUGCCUCCUCUGUUUCCUCUAAGGCUCCAGAAAAACAGAGUUGAGAGACGAACUUGA